AUGACUCAGAAACGCCUUUCUGACACUGCAGUUCCUAAAAAGGCUGCUCGGAGCCUGGUGGAGUGGCCAUCUGUGAAAUGGCGUGCUAACAACCAGCAAGGCUGUACAGACUCCCGAGCACCUUACUGUAGGCACUGCCAGACUGAUGCUGCCGGCAAGGUGCUGGACCGCUGGGCCAUCAUGUCUCGAGAAGAGGAAAUCAUCACCCUUCAGCAGUUUCUGCGAUUUGGAGAAACCAAAUCCAUUGUGGAGCUGAUGGCAAUUCAGGAGAAAGAAGGGCAGGCCGUAGCUGUACCGUCUUCAAAGACAGACUCAGACAUAAGGACUUUCAUUGAGAGCAAUAAUCGCACCCGGAGUCCCAGCCUUCUUGCUCACCUAGAGAACAGCAACCCUUCCAGCAUUCAUCAUUUCGAAAACAUCCCUAACAGCCUUGCAUUUCUGCUUCCAUUCCAGUAUAUAAACCCAGUCUCAGCCCCACUGCUUGGAUUGCCUCCAAACGGGCUACUGUUAGAGCAACCAGGACUGAGGCUGCGGGAACCAAGCCUUUCAACCCAGAAUGAAUACAAUGAGAGCAGUGAAUCUGAAGUAUCUCCCACACCUUAUAAGAAUGAUCAGACGCCUAAUAGAAAUGCCCUGACCAGCAUUACCAAUGUGGAGCCCAAAACUGAGCCAGCCUGUGUGUCCCCCAUUCAGAAUUCUGCCCCAGUCAGUGAUCUAACCAAAACUGAACACCCAAAAAGCUCAUUCCGGAUUCAUCGGAUGAGAAGGAUGGGGUCAGCCUCUAGGAAAGGAAGAGUGUUCUGUAAUGCAUGUGGGAAGACAUUCUAUGACAAAGGUACUCUCAAAAUUCAUUAUAAUGCUGUUCACCUGAAGAUCAAACACCGAUGCACCAUCGAGGGUUGCAACAUGGUCUUUAGCUCCCUCCGAAGCCGGAAUCGCCACAGUGCGAACCCUAAUCCUCGCCUUCACAUGCCUAUGCUACGAAAUAACCGAGACAAAGAUUUAAUUCGUGCCACAUCAGGAGCUGCCACUCCUGUUAUAGCAAGUACAAAAUCAAAUCUCACACUCACAAGCCCUGGCCGGCCCCCAAUGGGUUUUACCACUCCCCCAUUAGACCCCGUCUUACAGAAUCCUCUGCCUAGCCAGCUGGUUUUUUCUGGGCUAAAGACUGUACAGCCAGUUCCUCCAUUUUAUAGAAGUUUACUCACUCCGGGGGAAAUGGUGAGUCCUCCAACCUCCCUCCCAACCAGUCCCAUCAUUCCAGCCAGUGGUACCAUAGAGCAGCACCCCCCACCACCCUCUGAGCCCAUAGCACCAGUAGUGAUGAUGGCCACUCAUGAGCCCAGUGCUGACCUGGCACCCAAGAAGAAGCCCAGGAAGUCCAGCAUGCCUGUGAAGAUUGAGAAGGAAAUCAUUGAUACCGCUGAUGAGUUUGAUGAUGAAGAUGAUGACCCUAAUGAUGGCGGAGCUGUGGUCAACGAUGUGAGCCAUGACAAUCAUUGCCACUCCCAAGAGGAGAUGAGUCCAGGCAUUUCUGUGAAGGACUUUUCUAAACAUAGCAGGACCCGGUGCAUUUCAAGGACUGAAAUAAGAAGGGCUGACAGCAUGACUUCUGAGGACCAAGAACCUGAACGGGACUAUGAGAAUGAAUCUGAGUCUUCAGAGCCCAAACUAGGUGAGGAGUCCAUGGAAGGCGAUGAGCACAUUCACAGUGAAGUGAGCGAAAAAGUCCUGAUGAGCAGUGAGAGGCCUGAUGAGAACCACAGUGAGCCCUCUCACCAGGAUGUCAUCAAGGUGAAGGAAGAAUUUACAGAUCCCACUUACGACAUGUUUUACAUGAGCCAGUAUGGACUGUACAAUGGUGGGGGGGCCAGCAUGGCAGCCCUGCAUGAAAGUUUCACAUCGUCUCUGAAUUACGGCAGCCCUCAAAAGUUCUCCCCAGAAGGUGACCUGUGUUCUAGCCCAGACCCCAAAAUCUGUUACGUGUGCAAGAAGAGUUUCAAAAGCUCCUACAGUGUGAAGCUUCACUACAGGAACGUUCACUUAAAAGAGAUGCAUGUCUGCACAGUGGCUGGCUGCAAUGCUGCCUUCCCCUCUCGCCGAAGCAGAGACAGACACAGUGCCAACAUAAACCUGCAUCGCAAACUGUUGACCAAAGAACUCGAUGACAUGGGCCUGGACUCAGCGCAGCCCUCUCUUAGCAAGGGCCUCCGGGAUGAAUUUUUGAUGAAGAUCUAUGGUGCCCAGCACCCCUUGGGGCUCGAUGUCAGGGAAGACGCCUCCUCUCCCGCAGGGACUGAAGACUCCCACCUGAACGGGUACGGGAGAGGCAUGGCGGAGGACUACAUGGUCCUUGACCUGAGCACCACCUCCAGCCUCCAGUCCAGCAGCAGCAUCCAUUCUUCCCGAGAAUCCGACGCAGGCAGCGACGAGGGUAUUCUUCUCGACGACAUUGACGGGGCGAGUGACAGUGGGGAGUCAGCACACAAGGCCGAGGCCCCUGCCCUCCCUGGCAGUCUAGGGGCUGAAGUUUCAGGAUCUCUGAUGUUCAACAGCUUGUCCGGGAGCAAUGGUGGGAUUAUGUGCAACAUUUGCCACAAAAUGUACAGCAACAAGGGGACUCUGAGAGUGCACUACAAAACUGUGCAUUUGCGAGAAAUGCACAAGUGCAAAGUCCCUGGUUGCAAUAUGAUGUUCUCCUCUGUGCGAAGCCGAAAUCGGCACAGUCAGAACCCUAAUCUCCACAAAAACAUUCCCUUCACUUCAGUAGAUUAGUCUCAGAAUGGACACUACAAAUGCCAGCUCUCACCAGAUGGCCUACAUGUUUGAACUGCCAUAGUCAGUGUGUGCUUGUGUACCUGGGUGUAUGUGUAUGUGUGUGUGUGUAUACAAAUGUAUGCCUCUGUGUCUACAUACACACACACACACACACACACAUUUUCUUUUCUUUAGAUAUAAAAAGAUAAACACUAGGUGCUUUUGAAAUUGUUUUUCUUUUUCCUUUAUAGUUUUGGGAAAGGGGUGGGAUCUUUAAUUUGGGGGUGAAAACAAAGUACCCUUAAAACACACAUACACACACACACACAUAAAGUGUGCAACCGGCCCAAAUUCUGACAGAAUAAGAAUUCUUAGUCCUCUGCAAAGGGACAGUUUCUUGUACCCAUGACUGUUGCCUGCAAAAAAA